AUGGGUCUUAGUUGGCAUAUUAACGAUGUUAUCCGUCAAUAUAAGCAUGACAUCCUAGUUAACAUUACUUCUUUGGACAUUUUCAUUACUUUGCAUAAUCGAAGCAUUCUAUCAGAUCAGGAGUUAAGAAAAAUAAAAAAUCAAGGACCGAAAUCUUUUAUAUCAAUUUUAAGAAGAAAAAACGACUUAGAAUUUUAUGGAUUUUGUGAAGUCUUAGAAGGAUCUUUAAUGCAGUCGAUUAAAGAAUUAGGUACAACGUUACGACAAGAAGCAAAGCAAAAUGAACCUGCUAAUGAAGAAUCAAAAAUAGUCGCCGCUAGUAGCACUUUCUCAGGAUUGAUUGGGUCAACUGCAAGUAAGAUAGGGCAAUUAGCAUCAGGCCGUAAAAGUAAGGCAAAGAAGAAAAAGAAUACACCUCAAGGCAUCGAAAGAAAAUCAAAGAACAGCUUACCACAUCAAGAAAUUGCUUCUAGUAAAGGAAAUAAAACAGAUGAAAGUUUUUAUAGCAGGAAAAAAGCUCCCGCUAAAGAUAUGCUAGUGGAUAACAAAUCCGUUAAAGACGGAAAGUUCCAUCAAGAAAGUCCAUCAAGCAAAAUCCUUACAAGCAAAAGUGAACCUGGUGUUAAAGAAGCUAGAUUGAAGCUUUUUUACGGCGAUGGCCGUGGAUCCUCUGAAGGCAAUCAGAUUGAUGAUGAAUCUAUUCACGAGGAAGAAUUUUAUCAAGACUUGGAAAAUGUAGAUCCCAGAAUUAGUGCAACAGAUGAUACUGAAGACGAAGAAGAUACAGUAGAUUCAGAGAAUUCCAGUUAUGACAUAUACAAAGGUGUAGUAUCCACCAACAAUGCCGCAACAUCUGAUACUAAAUUGCCAUCUGAAAAGGCUUCUGAAACAUUUAAUGAGCAAAAGCAGAACCGAAUUUACAUUUACGCACUACAAAGCAGAGAUUGUCUACAAAAUUUCGCUGCGGUUACUUCAUAUCUGCGAUCAAAAGAAAUUUUAACUCCAUCUCAACAAUCUGCUAUUUUUGCCAAACCAAAUGACCAUGAGUUAGCAUUUUAA